AUGCCGUCCUCGUCGGUAUUCGCACCGUCCUUCGUCGCUUCAUACGCCGUGUCCUCUUCGAGAGCGCCUCCUCCUCCCGCUAAAGCGCUCUUAAAGAAGAAACAUCAGAUGACGCAAAGACGAAGGCACCCUCCUCGUCAAAGAAGAAGCGCGAAGACGAAUGCUAUUUCGCCGUCCAACGACGAGGGCGAAGACGAGAAUAAGUCGUUCUCUUUAGCGCCGGCCACGCCGACGUCCCCGCACGGAGAAAUGCUCGAAUACAUCCUCUCCACGGAACCGCAAAGCUUCGAAGCGGCGAUCGAAUCCGUUUUGGAAAAGUUAAGCGACGAGAUCGAUUCUUCGUCUUCGUCUUCGAUGAUGAACGAGAGCGAUGAAAAGAAGGAUUCCAAGGAUUCCGAGAUGUCGUUGACGUUGUACAAACGAAUCAACGACAUCAAAAGAAUGGACCGCAGAAGAGCGGUGGAAGACGCGAUGUACGCUUCGAUCAUACACAAGUUUUUAACGUCCGGCGUGGACAUGCUCCCUCCCUUGGACGACGACGCGUUUCUUAAAUCCAUCGAUUUGAGCAGACUGACGUCGGGCGUGCACUCGAGCGAGGCUUUGGAAAUGGUUCGGGACCAUUUGAUGGCGGCGUUAGGACCGGAAGCGGCGAACUCGUGGCCGAGUCAGUUGGUGAGGAUGAGCAAACUGCAAGCGGCGCAAGUGUACGCGGCGUCGAUUAUGUUUGGGUAUUUCGUGAGGCGAGUGGAUAAAAGGUUUCAGCUGGAUCGAGCGUUGGGGACGUUGCCGCAAAAUCCAAUGGAUUCUGCUAUCGCGUUGGAGAAUGUGUUCAACGCGGCGUCGGCGAUGGAUUCCAUGGACGAAGCCGAGGACGAUCCGACGAAUUACGCCGGAGAUGAGUUUUUCGGCGGGUUUAGCGAGGAGGAAAAAGCAAAGAUUAGAAACAAUCAAAAUCAACGGGUGGACACGCCGGAAACCGGCAAGUUGACGCUGAAGCAAUACGUGCAAACGUUUAACGGGGAGAUUUUGGCCAAAACCGCUCGAAUCGUGUCUUUAGAAGGCGUCGCGUUAGCUGAACGCCAAACCGGCGCUCUUUUCGGAUCUUUAGAAGAAUUGCAAAAAGAACUCAUGGAAGCCGUCGGCGACAACGCGACGACGCCGGAGGAACUCAUGCAAAGAGUUCGAGAGGUGGUGGCAAACAACGACGUAGAAACGUUGACGUUACCAUAUGCCGCGCAAAGACGUUUGGUUUUAGAAGCCGUGGCGUUUGGUAGCUUUUUGAGAGACGCGGAGAGUCAGGUGGAGUUUAAAGACGAGCGCUUAUUGACACCGACGACGGCGCCGAGACGAGGCGGUGGUGGGCAAUUACCGCCCGGGUGGGCCACGGGCGGACCGCCUGGAGACGACGACGGCAACGGUGAUGGUGGUGGUGGUAGCAAAGUGCCGCAGCCAAAGUAA